AUGCCUGCUGUGCCUAUCUACCCCGCGAUCAUCGGAUCCGAUGCUGCGGGUGUUGUCGCCAAGCUGGGCUCAGAUGUCACCACGGUCCCUGGCCCAGGAAGCCGAGUCAUCGCCUAUGCCUCAUCAUUCCACCAGAACGGCUUCCCCGACUACGGCGCCUUCCAGAAGUACGCUUUGGCACCAUCCGAAGCCGUCAUCCCACUUCCAGACCAUCUCUCCUUCGCGCAAGGCGCCGUCUUCCCCUUGGCUGUCUUGACUGCCCUGACUGCCUGGACCACCAUCGGCAUCCCGCUCGACACCAGGUACACUCCCGCGGACAAACAAGCGGUGCUCAUCUGGGGCGCAUCGAGCAGCGUCGGCACGUUUGCUGUUCAAUCCGCCAAGACACUCGGCUUCACUGUCUACGCCACCGCCAGUCCUAAGCACCACCACCUGGUUAGGAAGCUCGGGGCCCAUGCGGUUUUCGAUUACAGGGCAAGCGACGUGGUCGCCCAGAUUGUUGCCGCCGUGAGGAAGGACGGUGUCAAGCUGCACACUGCACACUGCGUUGUUGAUGGAGCUCUGCAGCCGACGUUGGACAUCCUCAAGGAGACCAAGGGCGAUGCUCACGCCAGGGUUGCACACUCGCCCCUUCUCCCAGAAGGCCACCCGACCCUCGACAACAAACAGAUCACUUUCAAUCUCCCAUCCAUGGACGAGGCUGCGAGGAGCAAGCACAUCAACGAGGUCUUCCAUGGGUGGUUAAAGACCGGUCUGCAGUCGGGUGAAGUAAUCCCCAGUCCCACUAUCCAGGUUGAGGCUGGCGGUCUGGGCGGAUUGAACGCAGCGUUGGACAAGCUGAAGGGUGGUGUUAGUGGCACCAAGAUUGUUGUGCCAGUCUAA